AUGAUACUAUUUAUCGUUUGGUCUGCAUCUGCACAACAGUGUGAUCAACCGUUAAAAGCAGCACGAUUCGAUUGUCAUCCUGAACCAUCUGUAACAUCUGAAAAAUGUUUAGCUCGUAAAUGUUGCUGGCAACCACAAAUGCGAUCAAUGAUUCAGUUGUUCAAAAAUACUUCGAGCAAUUCUGCGGGUAUAAAUGUACCUUCAUGUUACUAUCCACGAGAUUUUCCAACAUAUCAGGUUAAAACGAAUGAACCAACUGCUUUUGGACAACGAUUAACAAUUAUUAAACAACAAUCAACUUAUAUGCCAAAUGAAAUUCUUAGUUUGACAGUUGAUCUGAUUUACGAGACAGCACAACGAUUUCGUUUACGAAUUUAUGAUUCAACAAAGAAACGUUUCGAAGUUCCACUUUCAGUACCUGUCAUUCAAACAAAAGUGAAUGUUACUGAUUACGACGUAUCGAUUAGUCAAAAACCUUUUGCUAUUCUUGUCAAACGAAAAUCUACCGGCAUAACAUUAUUCGAUUCAAGUGUAUCACCACUUAUUUAUGCUGAUCAAUUUAUUCGAUUUUCCAGUUAUCUAUCUAGUCCAUUUCUCUAUGGUCUUGGUGAACAUCGACAACCACUAUUGAUCAAUGUCACAAAUGAAUGGAGAAAACUAACAUUUUGGACUCGUGAUACUCCUCCAGUUCAAAAUAAUAAUCUAUAUGGCGUUCAUGCAUUUCAUAUAAAUCUGGAAAAGAAAAACAACACGCCAAAUAAUUUCCAUGGACAAUUUUUUCUUAAUUCCAAUGCAAUGGAUAUUGAUCUUCAACCAUUACCAGCUAUUACUUAUACAACUGUUGGAGGUAUUAUCGAUUUGUAUUUAUUCACGGGACCUACAGCACAAGAUGUUAUUCAACAAUAUUGGGAUGUCAUUGGAAAACCUACAAUGCCACCAUAUUGGUCUCUUGGUUUUCAUCUAUGUCGUUAUGCAUAUAAUAGUAUCGAUAAUUUACGAGCUGUUAUUAAACGAAUGCAUGAUGCUCAAUUUCCAUAUGAUGUUCAAUGGACAGAUAUUGAUGCAAUGUCAUCACAUCUUGAUUUUACCUAUGAUAAAACAACAUUUAAUGGUCUACCAGAUCUUGUUCGUUCAUUACAAUCUGAAGGUAAACAUUAUGUUAAUAUCAUUGAUCCAGGUAUUAGUUCAACUCAACCAUCUGGUUCUUAUGCACCAUAUGAUGAUGGUUUGAAAAGAGCAAUUUUCAUGACUAAAUUUAAUUCAACUGAACCAAUUAUUGGAAAGGUCUGGCCAGGUUUAACAGCAUUUCCAGAUUUUACUAAUGAAAACUCGAUUGAAUGGUGGACGAAUGUUGCUGCUACAUUUCAUGAUAUAAUUCCAUUUGAUGGUAUUUGGAUUGAUAUGAAUGAACCAUCAAAUUUUGUCGAUGGUUCUCAUAUUGGUUGUACAAAUAAUUCAUUGGAUAACCCUCCAUUUGUUCCACAUGUACUCGGCAAUACACUCUAUGCAUUUACAGUCUGUCCAUCAGCCCAACAGGCACUUUCCUCGCAUUAUAAUUUACAUAAUAUGUAUGGUUAUUUUGAAGCAAGAGCAACAAAUCUUGCAUUGAAAACAAUUCGUCAUAAACGACCAUUUGUUUUAUCUCGUUCAUCAUUUGCUGGCUCUGGGCAAUUUACUGCUCAUUGGACAGGUGAUAAUAACUCGACAUUUGAAGAUAUGUAUUUUUCAAUUCCAGCCAUUAUCAGUUUUAAUAUGUUCGGUAUACCAAAUACUGGUGCAGAUAUAUGUGGUUUUGGACUUGAUACAACUGAAGAAUUGUGUACAAGAUGGAUGCAAUUGGGUGCAUUCUAUCCGUUUAUGAGAAAUCAUAAUGCUGGCAAGGAUCAAGAUCCUGCUGUAUUCUCUUGGACAGCUCAACAAAUUAUGAAACAAGCAUUAUUAAUGCGAUAUUCAUUCAUACCAUUCUGGUAUACACUUCACCAUCAAGCAGCAAUGGCUUCGAAAACCCUAGUGCAACCACUUCAUUUUGAAUUUCCAGAUGAUGACAAUACCAUUGGUAUUGAUCAACAAUUUUUAAUUGGUCGUGCUAUACUUGUUUCACCAAAUCUUGUUUCAAAUACAACUGUAGUGCAUGCUUACAUUCCUCAAGAUGUUUGGUAUGAGUUUCCAUCAGGUAGUCAAGUAAAAGAUGUUGGUAUAUUUACUGAUCUUGAUGCUCCUUUGGAAAAGAUUAAUGUUCAUAUUCGAGGUAAUUUCAUUAUUCCAAUGCAAAUACCUGGAGAUAAUUUGAUGAUGGGUCGUGGAAAUCCUUUUACAUUACUUGUUGCUCAAUCAAUGUCAGGAAAUGCUACUGGAAAUCUAUUUUGGGAUGACGGUGAUUCCAUCGAUUCAAUCGAAACAAAAACUUAUAAUUACUUUGAAUUUUCAUGUAGUCUAAAUACAUUAACAAUGAAUGCAAUUGUUGCAAAUUAUAAAGAUUCACCAAUGCGUUUGGAACUCAUUCGAAUUCUUGGUGUUAGCAAAACAGUGAUGAGUGUGAAUGUGAAUGGAAAAGAACAUAAAGACUUCUAUUAUAAUAUACCUGAUCAAAUUUUAGUCGUACAUAGUCUUGAUAUGGAUAUGUUGGCACAAUCUAUUCAAAAGAUUGAAUGGACAACAGCACAUUAA